AUGCUUUCCACUACUCGAUCCACAAGUCGAGCUACUGAUGCUCGCUCAAGGCCCAAGACUCCCGGACGCGAGAAUCCGACCUACCAUCGGAGUGGAACCUCGAAGCGAAUAAAUGAAGUGGCAUUGAAAACACUCAUUCACGAAGUGGCGCGUCCGAUUGGGCAUGUUCUGAGCGACAAGACACCACUCCCAAAUCAAGAGCCCCCAAUCCAAGUUAUCGCGUCGAAAGAAAAGAUUGCGCUCAAUCCAAGGACGCCACUGCCGGAAGACCAGAAACUGUCUGCGCUUCUUCGUCAAGCUAACCAAACGAAUGGGUUGUUUAGAGAGGUUUCAGAGCUGGACAAGGAGUCCCUUUCCGUAUUCGCGCGACGGAAUUCCUCUCGUGUCCCCCGUUCGAGCGUGGCACCAGCGAGCAGCAUAAAUGCCGCGUUGGACGAUGGAGAAACAGAGUACAUGCCACCCAAAAUUGUUGAAACGUAUACUCCGCCAUUUGAUUUUGCCCUUCCAGAUUAUAGAUUAGCUGGGAAAUCUAUACGGGAAUCUGCGUUCUCUUCGAGGCAUGAUGAUGCGCCGUUUGCAUUAGAGAUUCUUCCAAAGGUGGAGGUCACCCCAUGGGGUCAUCUGCUUUCGUUACCUGCGCUGGAUGAGGAAGAUCUUUUUCCUAGCGAUGCGGGGCAUGCGGUGCAAACUCGACCCACCACGUCUUUGGCUCAAGCUAAAAGAAAGGUACACGGAGGAAACAAUAAGGAAGCGGCAAGGUCCCAGACCGCCAAACGACCCGCAACCACUAUCGGAUCCCAUGGAAAGACAACGAAGCGCAAAAUUUCGAAUGCAACAGCUCCAAAGAACUUCUCGAGUAUAGAGUUUUUGAACUUGGGCAGCAGUGAAUAUCAGGAAGACUUCCGAUUCGACGUGUAG